AUGCUCGCGCUCCCGCCGAACUCGCUCUCCCGCCUCCGCGAGCUCAAGGCAAGCAAGGAAGUUGUAUGCGUAAUCUUGCAGUGCCCCUGCGACAAACCAGGCUGGAGGCCACUGGAGACCAUUAAGGGCGUGCAAUUGACUGGGUCAACGUGGGAUCAUGUAUUCCUAGCGAGCCUGAAGAAGUAUGGCGCAAAUGCGCUCAAGAGGUUAGAACUCGCUGGGUGGAAUGAGAUGGAUGAUCUGAGGCGGCUUGUGGAGUGCGUACCGAAGUUGACCUGGCUGGAUGUCGGCAAACGAGGAGGGCCCGGAGCCGCUAAUACUCCGCAGACGACCAGUGCGAGCAAACCUGUUACGGUCAUAAACACCAAUGCUGUCGAAUGGGCGACCCUGCUCUCGAACAUGCCUGAGCUCACUACGUUCUACGGCGUCCGCUUCUUCUACGAAGUGUCCGCCCUCGCUGCGGAUCCAUCUAUCCUCUCGUUAUCCGACCGCAGUCGCGUGCGCAAGAACGAUGAGGUAGCGUCCGUGUUUGCAUGGAAGUGCCCCAAGCUGCGGCGGCUGGACCAUUGGGAGGAGGGCUCAGGCAAGGUCAUUGUCCUACUCAGAGAUGGCGAGAAGAUCCGGUACGAGGUCAGACGUGUCAAGGUAUGA